UCCAUUUCAUAGUUCAUUUCUCACCCACACACUGAGCAAUAAGGCAAUAAUAAUGGCUAGCCUUGCAAGCACAAUGUUCAGCUCCGCCGUGGUUCCCCGGAGGCCGGCAGUCGGAAGCAGCAGCCUUCGGUCGGUCCCGAAGGCGGCGGGUGUAAUCGGUGUGAAGAGUGAGAGCAGCAGGAGAGGAGUGAGGUGCAUGGCGAAGCACAAGGUGAAGCUGAUAACCCCGGACGGAGAGGUGGAGUUCGACUGCGAUGAUGACGUGUACAUCGUGGACCAGGCGGAGGAGCAGGGAAUUGAUCUGCCCUACUCGUGCCGCGCUGGCUCCUGCUCCUCCUGCGCCGGCAAGGUCGUCAGCGGCAGCGUCGACCAGUCCGACGGCAGCUUCCUCGACGACGACCAGUUGGAUGAAGGAUGGGUGCUCACCUGCGUCGCCAAACCCACCUCCGACGUCGUCAUCGAGACUCACAAGGAGGAGGAGAUCGUUACCUAAUCUCUCAUUUCAUAAUUACAUUUUCUUAUUUACAUUACACCUGUUUGCUACUCCAAUUGCUGUCCCUUCAACUUCCAAUUUUAAGUUUAAUUAACCUAUAUAAAUGCUACUCCCUAUUAUUGUUGUUGAUCAUUUUGCACAUGAAUAUAGUUGUGCUUCCAAAGCCA